GGUAUUCAAUAGUUGAAUGUUAUGAGAACGAACGAGGGAAUUAUAAUGGCAAUAUUUUUCAUGUAACACGCUCCUACAACUUUCAGAUGAAACAAGACGAAGGCGAAGAGUAGAAUGAGGCUUUAUCCGUUGAUUAUUUUCUUUAUAUUUGGAUUAAAUAAUAUUUUCGUGGAUCCUCUAAGGCUUUUAUAUUCAGAGCGAAGUACCAUACGCAUGCUUAAUUUUUCUGGAGAUGGACGCCGUGAAGAAAAUUUUACAACAUCAUUGCUUGCAAAAGAUCUCGACGAUGUAAUUGCGCUUGCAUUUGACUUUAGAGAGGAAAUGUUAUUUUGGACCGAUGUAAUUCACGAAAAAAUAUUGCGAAAGUCCUUAAAUGACAACAAAGUGGAGGUUGUCGUUUCUGCAGGCUUGGUCAGACCUGAAGGAAUAGCAAUUGAUUGGGUUACGAAGAAAAUUUACUGGACAGAUUCACAAUUAAAAUUGAUCGAAGUUGCCAAUUUAGAUGGAUCACAGCGUUCCGUGUUGUUUUGGAAGAAUUUAGGCAAGCCUCGAAGUAUUAUUGUUGAUCCGAGACAUGGGUAUAUAUUUUGGUCGGAUUGGGGAGAGAACCCCACAAUUGUGCGCUCCGCUAUGGAUGGUGUUGAUAGAAUGAACGUAAUCACUGCAAACAUUAAAUGGCCCAAUGGGCUUGCUGUUGAUUAUAAAGAACCAAGAUUAUUUUGGCUUGAUGCUCAUAAAGACAAAAGCUCACUUGAAAGUUGUGAUCUUGACGGUAAAAAUCGUAAAAUAUUAAUUGACAAGUCUUUACCUCAUCCGUAUUCUGUGACAAUUUACGGCGAUCGAGUUUAUUGGACGGACUGGGAGAGAAUGUCGAUUGAGACAUGUAACAAAAAGACUGGGCACGACAAAUGGAUAGUGAAGGAUAAUAUUAAGAAUUUGAUGGAUCUUCAAGCAUUUGAACCUGAUAGGCAGCCAGUUGUUCACAAUCCUUGUGAGAUUAACAAUGGUGGCUGUAGUCACCUGUGCUUAUUAUCCACUGGAGGAAACUAUUCAUGUGCCUGUCCAACUGGAAUUGUUUUGUUAAAUGAUAAUCGGACCUGUGAAGAUGGUCCACAAAACUUCAUCAUCGUUGCUACACGCACUAAGCUUCGGUUGAUUUCAUUGGAUACAUUGGAUCACACUUGGAUAGUUCUUCCUAUACAAAAUAUGCAACAUGUGGUUGUAAUCGAGUUUGAUCCUGUUGAAAAAUUUGUUUACUGGACCGAUGAAGAUCUCAAAUGGAUUAAAAGAGCGAAAUUAGAUGCAUCGGAGGAACAAAUCGUUGUUAAAGCUGAAGUUGAGCAUCCUGACGGGAUUGCUGUGGAUUGGAUUGCUCGUAAUCUUUAUUGGAGUGACACCGGUACGGACAGAAUAGAAGUGAGUCAUUUAAAUGGUUCAUCAAGGAGGGUUUUGGUUUCUGAAAAUCUGGACGAACCACGAGCGAUUGUACUUGAUCCUGGUGAAGGUUACAUGUAUUGGACGGACUGGGGACUAAAACCAAAAAUAGAGCGCGCCUGGUUGGACGGGACUCAUCGGUCGACUCUUGUCAAUACUUCCAUAAAAUGGCCUAAUGGACUGGCUCUUGAUUAUGUCGAGAGAAAAGUUUACUGGGCUGAUGCCAGACUUGAUAAGAUCGAAGUGUGUAAUCUGAACGGAAGUGGUCGUAGAAUUCUCAUCGAUAGAGAUGUUCCGCAUAUUUAUGGUUUUGGUUUAAUUGGAAAGCAUAUUUACUGGACUGAUUGGCAAAGACGUAACCUUCAAAAGAUUCACAUCGAUUACCCACAAAGAAAAGAUAUUGUAGUUGAAGUAUUGCCUGCUGUAAUGGGUCUUAAGGUCGUUGAUAUGAAAUUUAACUACGGCUCAAACCAGUGUCAGAAAAACAAUGGUGGUUGCUCUCACCUUUGUUUCUAUACUCCAGUUGGCGUGCAGUGCGAGUGUCCAAUGGGACUGGAACUGACAAAAGAUAACAAAACCUGUUUUGUUCCUGAAGCAUUUCUCCUCUUCUCUCGCACGAAAAGUAUUCGUCGCCUUUCAAUUGACACCAAAAAGGGCGACAAACCCAUCCCGAUACGAGGUAUUGUCGAUGCGAACGCAAUCGAUUUUCACAUCAAUUUAAGUCAAGUUUUUUGGAGCGAUCUUGAAGAGAAAACGAUAAGUCGAGCAUUUAUUAACGGAAGCAAACCAGAAACUGUUAUUGACGUUGGAGUAAACUUUCCUGAUGGUUUAGCUGUUGACUGGGUUGCAAAUAAUAUUUACUGGACGGAUACAUCAUCUGAACGUAUUGAAUGCUCCCGUCUUGACGGAAGACAUAGGAAAACGUUGCUUUGGAGAAAUUUGACGGAACCGCAUUCGCUUGCGUUGGAUCCUGGACGAGGAUACAUGUAUUGGAUCGAAUGGCGCGAGUCUGCUGUCAUACUGCGGGCUCUUAUGGAUGGAAGGAACAUGACGGUUAUCAUUCAAAAUCACACUGUCGUAAUGAGACCUCGUGCUUUGGUCAUUGAUUACCUGGAAAACAUGAUUUACUUGACUGACGAGCGUCACGGCAGCAUAUAUCGCGCGAGAAGUGAUGGGACUGGGUUAGAGAGUGUCGUUUUGCAGCAUCUGCCUCAUCCUUACUGUGUUACACAAUACAAAGAUUUUAUUUUCUGGGGGGAUCACGACGAUAACACAAUCUCGCGAGCAAACAAAUUAAAUGGUGGUAAUCGUACGAUGAUAGAAGCUAACAUUGGGUACAUAAUGGAUGUAAAAGUGUUUCAUGGUACUCGUCAAGUCGGAUGGAAUGAUUGUGGUAUUGGUAAUGGAGGAUGCAGUCACAUUUGUAUUCCAUUACCAGGCAAGAAGCACACGUGCGCAUGCCCGAACCAUUUUAGCAUUGACGAGGAAAAAAACACAACUUGUAUCGCCAGCGAAAAUGUUGUAAAUUAUAAUCAAUUCAAUAACCCUACAACAAUGUCCCCGAUUAUUUUGCUCUACGCUGGUGGUAAUAUGUUACGGAGACAAACGAUCGAUGAAGUGGAUAAUUUUGACAUAUAUCUGCCAAUAAAAAUUCAACAGAAAAUUGUGGCUAUAGACUAUGACGUUAUAAGUGAUAUGGUUUAUUGGUUGGAGUACAACGAGCAAAGCCAUAUUUAUAGAAGUUAUGCAAACGGUACACAUAAAGAGAGAAUUCCAUCAUCUGAUGAUAGAGAACUUAUCGCAUCGCCAAUUGAUAUCGCAAUAGAUCCUUAUGGACGACAGUUAUAUUGGACUGAUCAUGAUUCUAAAAGAAUUAAAGUGACCAAUCUGAUUUCAUUUGUUAUUGGUACCGUAGUCAGUGAGGAUAAUGGAAAUCCUAGUCAUAUUGCUUUGGAUCCAAAGAGAGGUUAUAUGUAUUGGACGAAUUACAUACGUGGCAAAGAUAGACAGUUGUAUGUACAAUCAACAAGAGAUGUCGAAUUGGGAGUUUUGGUCGCUGAUCCAGAAGGCUCAUUCCUCUAUUUUGUUGAAAAGAAAAAACAAAAGAUAAUGCGGCUGUCUUUAAACGAUCUUACUGUCAAGGAACUGGAUGUGAAGAAUUUAAUGAUGGUGAAAAGUCUUGCAGUAUAUUCAAAAUACAUUUACUGGUUGGAUUAUAAAUCUCGAACAUUAAAUCGUGUGGACCGUUCCACGGGCAGGGAUCAUGAAUUGAUCCAAGGGGAUAUCAAAGAACCCUCUGACGUUAUUAUUGUCGAUAAAUAUUCCUUUGACGUUCGUCAUCCUUGUCUGUGGAAUACUUCAAAAUGUAGUCAUAUAUGUUUCAUAAAUCAUGACAAACCGAUGUGUUCAUGCCCUACUUAUCUUAUUCUUGGAGAAAACAAGCGUACUUGUCAAUUGCCUCCGACGUGUAGUCCGAAUCAAUUUCAAUGUAAAACUAAUCAAUGUGUUCAUUCUGCAUGGAAAUGCGAUGGUGAAGUUGAAUGUAAAGACGGUUCUGAUGAAGAAAACUGUCCUGGUUGUGAAUCUGAUCAAUAUCAAUGCGCUAAUAAGCAAUGUGUGGCAAGGAAAGAAUUAUGUAAAGAUCACUCUUGUACAAGUACUCCCGGCUCUUGUGGAUGUAAGGAAGGAUACUUUCGAUGCAACACAGAGAAAUGUUUUCCAUUGCUUUGGAGGUGUGAUGGCAUGAAUGAUUGUGACGAUGGAAGUGACGAAAGCUUAGAGCUGUGUGGAAAUAAAACUGCAACAACCCCAAAGAAAAGUCGAAAAGUGUUUUCAUGUGUAGCAGCCACUGUGUUCAUUCUUGUUCUUUUUGCCGUCGUUAAACGAGCUAAAAUGAAGCAAAAAAGUUUGUAUUCAUCACCGUUUGUGCAAACCACAGCCACUUAUAACGUCGAAUCCUCGUACAUUUCCGAGACACAGAGUUUAUCGAGAAGAAUGUUGGAAGUGCGGGCAUCGAUAUCAUUGCAGAGUGUUUCUAAUGAUACAGGAGAUUCUUUUUACAAUCGCGAUGAUCUCACCGGUCAAUCAAGAUCAGCAGUUGGUCAAGUAUAUCAUAGUUCAUUAACUAACCCACCUCCUUCUCCUGUGACGGAGCGUUCACAUUUCACAUCUGUAUCAGGAAAAUAUUACGACACUCCAUCGCCCUCCACUUACGAACUUCAUGUAUAUCAUCGACCCGCGAUGCCAAAUUAUUCAACGCCAGUCACAACAGAUAUUGAAUCAUCUGUGUCCAAGUAUAUUCAAUACAAGCAGACAUCGAGUGCUUAUUCUUCCUUCUCCGAUGUUGAUCUUGACGAGGGGGACAUUCGUGCUCCACCCCCCACUGUAUGCACGAAUUAUUUCUCCGAAGGUUUACAUUUCUCAGACAACGAGGGACCUCCACCUUCUCCCUCGAGUGACAUGGAGUUUAUACAGGAGCCUGAACCUCCACCUCCAUCACCUGUCACUGAUAGUCCGUCGGUAGCGUAACAUUUAGUAUUUACGGCAAUACGCCCCGAUCGUCGCUGGAGGACUGAGUCCAAGUGUAUCAAGUCGCAAUAUCCCUGCUCUAAUAAAAUGGCCGCAUACAGCAGUGACUCUAGGGAAGUUGAAAAAUUAUUCCGCAUAAUGCUUGUACAUGAAUGGCAUAUAAAUACAAUAUGUAUAUAAAUCACCACAGACUUUUAUCUGUGCUUUUAUCGUUUUUAUAUAAGUUCGUUCUACGAAUUACGGUGCCGACUAAAUAUAUAAUAUAUAAAUAUAUAGAAAUAUACAUACAUAUAAACGAUGAUAGAACUGUGUAUUUUUUUGGAAUAAGAAAUUUUUUACCGAAUAUAUCAA